UUCAAGUCUUCACCGUCUGAAAUUUCGUGCUGAAAGUUUCAUUUGUCUGAUUGAAGGUUCCUUUAGGUACAAACAAUCCUCAAAGUUCGUUCAGCUGCUUCGGAAGUUUGAUUGAGCUGUUUGUGCAGAUAAUGAAGUAUGUGAAGCCAUUGAAGUUACUAAUACUAGGUGAUGCGUUGAAGACGACAAAAGUGUCAGUCCCUGGUCGGUUCCUAGGGUUAGAUGUUGGUGAUAAGUAUGUCGGUUUAGCUGUUUCAGAUCCUUCUAACAUGAUUGCCUCUCCACUGAGUGUUCUGCUCAGGAAGAAAACAAACAUUGACUUGAUGGCUACUGAUUUCCAGAACCUGGUCAAAGCAUUUUCUGUAUCGGGCUUAGUGGUUGGUUAUCCAUUUGGCAAACUGAACAAUGUUGAAGACGUUGUCACUGUGAAUCUUUUCAUUGAGGAACUUCGUAAAACCGAGAAACUCAAGGAUGCGAAAUACACAUAUUGGGACGAGCGGUUAUCAUCAAAGACUGUUGAGCUGAUGCUGAAGCCCUUGAAGCUGCAUCCGGUUCAAGAGAAGACAAUGUUGGACAAGUUUGCCGCUGUAGUUAUCCUUCAGGAGUACUUAGAUUACGCAAACAGGCAUGUGAACGGUGAGCCAGCAGAGUAAAAGGGAAACGUGUAAUGACAAAUUUGGUUUGAUUGUAACAUUUCUCUAUAAGAGCUAGUUUUAGAUAUAUGAAUAUUUUGAUGUUUGUUUGCUUGUGACAUUAUCUUUUGUGUACAAAGAUAUCUUCCAUUAAACAAAAUAGUAUUUUACCCUUAAGCAUUAGAAAAAUCA